AUGGACUCAAAGUCAAUAAAACGAGAUGAGCAUAUGGAUGUGGGUGGGUGGCUGGGUGGGUGCGUGCGUGCGUGGAUGGGCGGUGGUGGUGGUCAGCGGCUAGCGGUCGCGGGCUCGCUCGAAUCAGCUGAGACCGCGCACGUUGUGUCGUCGUUGCGAGGCUGCGUUCAAUUCGAUUCUGCUGCUGCUGCUGCUGCUGCUGCUGCGUGUGUUGGUGGCGGUGGUGGCGGCAAUGGCGAUGGCGGUGGCGGUGGUGGCCGAGCGGCCGGUCGAGGAUUGAUCGGUCAAGCGUACAUCAAACAUGAGAGGUAG